GCCCAUCUUGAACUCUCCGAUCAAAGGCAGUUAAAAUAAAUAAAUAUUGAACUAGGCUACCUAUGCUUAUUUCGCUAGCACUUCGCCUUAUCUGGUUCCAGGGUUCGAAUCGAUUAAACUAACGGAUAGAGAGAUCAAGCCUUUAUACGAACUGCAGUAAUCAUGGAGGUUGAUUCCAAGGCGCAUCCUUUUCUUUCGUAUAUAUUGUCACUGAAAACCCUUAGACAUCCGUUGAUGCUCGCUUCAAAACAACCCUCUUCUUUAAAUAAUAACAGUGAAGUGGAUCUGGAAUUAGCAAAUUCAAGCCAUGGAGAGGGUCUGGUUAAGGUUAUGCCUAAGCUCAGAAACCCUGAGCUGGUGGCGGAAAUGACAGCGGCUGUUUCAGAUGUCGUUCAGACAAGAUCUGUUUUGCAGGCGCUGGGAGAGAGACCCGACCACGAGGCCGUUGAUCAUGCUCGCCGCCGCAUUGAAGAAAUCGAUCUUGCCUUUUCCAGCCGCUUUGAUGACAUCGACAUGGGGGGAACUCGCCGAGGACAUGACCCUCAGGAAUGGGCUUCGCUCCAGGCUCAGAAAGAAAAAGAGGCUCGGGAUAUUGCUGAGAAGGAGAAACAGGCUUACAAAGCUGUAGUAACUCUCUAUGAGAUGCAUGUAGCAUAUGAAGAAUUAUUAUCAGAGGCAGAGGAGCGGCUUUUGAAAAUAUACAGAUUGGCUGAGAGUGGGUCAGAGACAGCACAGCCUGUUGAAGUGUCUGAAAAGAUGGGUGGUACUGAUAUUGAUAAUGAUGACGAGGUGCAUGAGGAGGUUGUGAAAGUAUUGCACGAAGCCUCUCAGAAACACAUUGAGGAAAUUGACUUGCGUGGUCGGGCGCUUAAGAUUUUUCCCGAGGCGUUCUGCAAGAUCACCACGCUUAUUUCGUUAAAACUCGCCAAUAAUAAACUUCAGGCUAUUUCUGAUUCAAUUGCAGGUCUUGAAAACCUGGAGACAUUGGAUUUGAGUGGUAACACGUUGCUCUUAUUGCCUGACUCCAUAGGACUUGUGAAAAGGCUCAAAUAUUUGAAUAUUUCAGGAAACAAAUUAAAACAAUUACCAGACAGCAUUUCAAUGUGCAGUGAGUUGAUUGAGCUUGAUGCGAGCUACAAUCAGUUGAUUUAUUUGCCGACUGACAUUGGUUAUCAGCUUGCCAAGCUCCAGAAGCUUUUGGUUCAUUUAAACAAGUUAAGGUCGCUGCCUUCGUCUGUCUGUCAGCUGAAAUCCCUGAGUCAUUUAGAUGUUCAUUUCAACGAGCUACGGUCUCUACCAGCUGCCAUUGGAAACCUAGCAAGUCUUCAAGUAUUGAAUGCUAGUGGGAAUUUCAGUGAUUUAGUAAGUAUUCCAGAUUCGAUUGGUGAGUUAACUAACCUUACUGAGUUGGAUCUUAGCAACAAUCAAAUCAAAGAAUUGCCAUAUUCUUUUGGAAGUUUGCAGAACUUGAAAAAGCUUAACCUGGAGCAAAAUCCUCUUUUCAUUCCACCGAAUGAGAUUGUUGAACAAGGUGUAGAAGCUGUAAAGGAAUACAUGGCAAAAAGACUGUUGGACUACUUGAUUGAGGAGGAACAAAAAAGUACAGCAGAGAUUAGUCAAUCGCAGAAUGAUUGGGUACAUUGGGGAAGUUCUGUUUUUGGAGGUUGGAUUUCUGGAGUUAAGGAAAAGGUUUCUGUGUUUGUAGGAGCUCCAAACAAAUCUCAUACUGAAGAGUAUUUGGAGCAGCAGUACUAAAUAUGUGGAUCAUUUGUUGAUGUUGUAGUUUCAAUACACAAAUGGAGAACACAUGGAAUGAACCAGUGUUGCUUGGCUUAAUUAUCAUACAAGCUGCACCUAUGAACUGGACACAGUCGUUCUGGGUUUUAUCUUGUACAUGAUUGUUUUUUAAUUACAAAUUCAGAAUAGAGCGUGGGUGAGUCUUGGUUUUGCUGGCAUACAGCUUAAAUCUAAAUUCAAGAUCCUAUGCCUAGCAGCAGACAAGAACUGGCUGGUGUUAGGUGAUGUCAAUAAGAACAUUUUCAAGCCCACAUUGUGAUGAAGUACAAUAUUUGUAAUGUUGUAAACUGUUAUUUAAAUUCAUUUUUAUUUUGUUU